GGAGAAUUGAGAAACCCCAGCUCUGCGUGGGACUUGUUGCAUAACCCGAGGCAGAGCAAACUCCGGGACCUCAGUUUGCCUUCCUUCAAUCUCAGCCCGAGGAGAUUUCCUCAUUCUUGACAUAGCAAGAUCAUGGAAGAUCUCGAGGAAAUGUUACUUGAAGAAUUUGAUAACUAUUCCUAUGCCGUGGAAUAUUAUCCUCCGGAGUCAGAAUUGGAGGAGAAAGCCCCCCUGGGAGCUGUGCACUGGAUCUCCAUGGGGUUAUGCUGCUUCGCAUUUGUUCUGGGUGUUCCGGGAAAUGCCCUUGUCAUUUGGUUCACUGGGUUCAAGUGGAAGAAGACAGUUGCAACUCUCUGGUUUCUCAAUCUGGCCAUCGCGGAUUUUAUCUUUGUGCUUUUUCUGCCCCUGUACAUCUCCUACAUGGCCAUGAAUUUCCACUGGCCCUUUGGCGUUUGGCUGUGCAAAGUCAACUCCUUCAUCGCUCAGUUGAACAUGUUUGCCAGUGUUUUCUUCUUGACCGUCAUCAGCCUGGACCGCUAUGUCCACUUGGUGCAUCCUGUCUUAUCUCAUCGACACCACACCCAGAAAAACACCCUUCGUGUUAUCAUAUUUGUCUGGAUUUUGGCUUCUCUGCUUGGUGGACCUUCCCUAUACUUCCGGGACACUCUGGAGUUAAGUAACUACACUCUCUGCUAUAACAAUUUCCAUGAGAAUGAGAACGACCUCAGACUGAUGAGGCACCAUGCUCUCACUUGGGUGAAAUUCAUUGUUGGCUACCUCAUCCCCUUGACAACAAUGAUCGUUUGCUACUCGUGUCUCAUCUUCCAGGUGAAAAGGCGAAGCAUCGUGGUCUCCAGUAAGCAUUUCUGGACCGUUGUGGCAGUGGUCACAGCCUUUUUAAUUUGUUGGACCCCGUAUCACCUGUUUAGCAUCUGGGAGCUCAUGGUUCAUCACAAUAACUACUUCUCCCCUGUGUUACGGUCUGGCAUCCCCCUCUCCAUGAGCCUGGCAUUCCUCAAUAGUUGUGUGAACCCCAUUCUUUAUGUCCUGAUGAGCAAAAAGUUUCAGGUUCGUGUCCGUGCCUCAGUGUCAGAGAUACUGAAGUAUACGCUGUGGGAAGUCAGCUGCUCAGGCACGGUGAGUGAGCAGCUCAGGAAUUCUGAAACCAAGAACCCGUGUCUCAUGGAAACGGCCCAGUGAGUUAUGCUUUUUCCACAACUCAGCACAAGGCUCUUCUGGCGGGUACCCUAACACAUGCUUUUGGAUUAAAUUCUGUUCCAAGAUACAGAGUCAGCAUGUUGUUGUUGCCGUGCAGUUUGGCAGUUUGUGGGCAUCACAUUUUUGUGAGGACAUUAAAACUUAGAAAGGGUCUUUGUAGUUGUUUGGGGGUGGGGGGGUUGUGUGUGCAAAUGAUCUGUGUCAAUA